GUAUAAUGAACCUAUCCAAAAUAUUUAUAUGGACUUAUUGUGUGAUGAUCUAUUGAGAGAGACUAAUGAUGACCUUGACAAAAAUGCUGAAAUGUUUAAAAUAUCAGAAUCACAUCAGACCCAUCACUUCGAAAUCUUAACUGAGGAGACCAAAGGAGUUUCUGGAAACAACUCAAGGCAAGCCAGAUUUCCAAACCUUACCUAUCAUACAAUUAAUGAGCAGAGGCCAGUAAUCCUCGAAGAAGAGAGAGAUGUAAGCUGUCAGACUAAGCCUGUUAACUAUAUUCUGAAGUAUUCAGAACCUCGGGAGGAAGGCUUUGGCACCACAUUAUAUACAUUUUUUAACAAGGUCACAGGUCAACAAUCUCGUAAGAGGAUGCCUCUCAAGAAGAUUCUGAAGAUCCUAAAACAUACAAGAGAGCUCAUUGACGAAUUCUUUCAGACCACCAAAAAAAAUUGGAAAUCUUGCACAGACUCCAAUUAAAACCAAACCUAUCUUAAAGAAACCCCUAUUCAUCCUCCACUACCUCAUCCUCCACCUUACCCACAAAAUCACCCACCUAUCCAACCCCUCACCCCAAGACCCCCUACUCCUCCCUCUACCCCUCCACCACCCCCUCCCCAAUCCCACCCUCUUCUCCAAAGUAACUCCUUCCACCCCCUAACCCCACUUCCACAUUCUCCCAAAAGUUUCCUCCCCAGCCCCUCCUUUUAGCUCAGCCACAAAGAACCUGACCUAAACUGGCAGCUCUACUCGAGCUGCCAGUUUAGGCUGGGGUUCUGGAGCUGACUGGAAGUAGAAGAGGUGGAAGGAGAGGAAGGGGAUUUUGAGUGGGAGGAGGGGAGAAGGGGAUGGGAGGAGGAUUUGAGGGGGUUUGGGAAAGAUCUCUGGAAUGUAAUUGAUUGGGAAGGAAGUAUGCUAGAUUUGUAUGGAAAUCACCCAAAAUACUGCUAAGAUUGAGAAAGGAGUACUCCUAUUGUUUAAAUUCUAUAAAUAUCUCA